AUGGUUUUGCGUGAAGUACCAAUUGAAAUUUCAGCUGAUGAUCAACAUUUACAAGUUCGACGUCCUGCCGCGCCAACUUGCGGUAUGUCGCAUCUGAUGUGCUAUAAAAGGGACAUUCCAUCCAAGUCGAAAGCGAUGCCUAGACUAUCGAACUUCGCGCCAAUGUCAUCUAAUGCUAGUGCACGAAUGGAUUUAGAUUUUACAGCUGCUCCUAGAGGUCGUAGAGAAAGUCACGCAAAAAAUAUACCAAUCGAUGUCGAUAACGGAGAGUUUCCAAGUGGUGAUGAAGAUAUUGUCCGUUAUUUAAUUGAUAAACAAAAUUUCGAUGGGCUUUGGAGUGUUGAUUCUGACAUCAUUCAAAAGCUGACAGGAAAAUCGUUAACUCAAUUCCAGUAUUCAGCACAAAAAGAAUUGAUUAUAUCAGCAAUCAUCAUUAUUUUAUUAGAAACCCGUUUUUCAUCAUAUUCUUCAAUGUGUAGUGGAAUCAUCCAGAAAUCGAAAAAACGAAUUCUCGAUCUGCUCAACAAAGAUCAAAAUCAAUUUCAAUCCUUAUUUGAUGGUAUUCGACAACAACUCUGA